AUGUCGGAGCCUGGGGGAGGAGGGCCUGUUGCUGCAGCAGGAGCAGCAGCAGCAGGAGCAGCAGCAGCAGAAGGUGGAGAUGCUCCUCAGGAGGGUUUUCUAUCGCGGAUGGGUGGUAUGCUAUUGAAGGUGAUGAUAUUUCAAGCGGCUUUGAACGCUGUUGCUUCUUUCUUCAGCCCCUCAUCAACUCCGAUGCUGCAGCAGCAGCAGCAGCAGCAACCACUACGCAACGUGCUGCAGCCAGGCGCACCCUUUGAUGCAUUUAUUCAUCUUCAUUAUCUGCCUUCUUCUUCUGUCUCCGUCUCUACACGUCAAUACUCAGAGCCCCUUCAACAAUACAGUGUCUUAGAAAAGUAUAAGGCGAGCUUCGGCGUUGGGGUGUCUCCGCUUGCUGAUGUUGCUGCUAUUGAAGGCAAGAUUGCUCUCAAGACGCUCUUUAAUCAGCAAGAGCAGCAAAGAACUUACUGCGCAUCAAAGCCAGCAGCAGCAGCAGCUGCUGCUGCUGCUGCAGGAGAAACAUCAACAGCAGCAGCAGCAGAAGAAGAAAAAGGAACAGCAGCAAAAAGCAAAACCGCAGAAGAAACAGCAGGAAAAGCAGCAGGAGCAGCAGCAGCAGCAGCAGGAGCAACAGCAGCAGGAGCAGCAGCAGCAGCAGAUGCUUGCGGAUCUAGGCUGCCUCUGCCUCCUGCAUUUGAAGUGUGGAGGCUGAUGAAUGCUACGUACACAUAUGAUUGGUGGUCGCGGUCUUUAGAGCACGAGAUGACGGAGGAGGAAGCAGUAGCAGCAGCAGCAGCAUUGCCUGAGGCUCGCCUUAUACAGCAGACGCGGUCGCUCGUUCAAGUGAUGGUGCCCUUUAAAGCAGAGGAGACACAGCAGCACUCUCUUCUCUUUGGAGGCGAAGAAGAGUCGCAGACAGAAGAGUCUCCUGGUGUGCCCGUGCGGCACCUAAAGAACCGCUUCGAUGUCUCCUUAGUCUAUGACUCAUCCGUUCACAACUCCGCAGCACUCAGCGCGGGGCCCUUGCAAAGGUUUGGGGCUUAG